UUUCGGUUGUAUCGACAGUAGUUGUAGUGCGUGUGAGCGAGUCGCAAAGCCGUCGGUGUUUUGAUUAUUUGCUGCUGGAUUGAAAGAAAAGAUAUUGUGCUGUUUUAGAAAUCAUCUUGUUUGUUCGUUUUUUUUUGGCUGUGCCACAAAUUUCGCUGGCUCUAGCGGUUUGCAAAAAGUGAAUAUAGAGUUCGAUCACUGCCACUUAGGAGCGAUAUUGGGAAGCAUAUAUAAUUUUUUUACAAUCAGUCAGGCCCUAAUAUGACAAACGCAUUUUGCUUGCAGAUUAAAAGCAAGCAGUGAAACACAAAUGAUCUCAAAGAACUCAAAGUACACAAAAAAGUGUUUGAAUAACUCGACCUAAAACAUAUAACAAUUCAAAAGCGUGAAAAAAUAAAUAAAGACACAAUUGAAUUUAAAAAAGAAAAGCAAAACAAUCUCAACAUGCCACAUAUAGCUGCCACAGGUGCAGCCUACUACAGCGCCACUUCAACGAAGCUGGCACCCACUACACACAGGCGCUGGCUGACACUGUUCUUCGUGGGCUGCGUGGCCAGUUUGUGCGGCAAUGCGGUGCAAGCCAGCCCGCUUUCGCCAGCAGGUGAUUAUCCUGGUAUGGCGGACAAUGCGAGAAACUCACUGCAAUUGAGUCUGUCAGACCCGCGUGGACAAACGCGACGUGUGGCAUGCCGCCGCGCUUGUUGGGCCAUGUACAUUCCUGAGAAAGGUGAUUGCCUCAAAGACGCAAGGUGUUAUCAGUGCUAUCUCAACUGUAUGACUCCGCCAGCUCCCGUACACGUCACCACAACAACCACAACAAGCACGACAACCAACGUACCAACAACUGCGGAAAAUGUGGAAAGAUAUCAAUUGCAACAUAAACAACAAAAAUUACAACAACAAAUGCAGCAAUCAUCAAAAAUUAAUAAACCCAUCCAGGAGACUUGGACUUUGCGCACAGUUUCAAUGUUGCAACAAGACUCAUUGGUGCUCGUCGACAUCGCCUGGGAUGCACUGAAUACGCCAAAUCAAUGCCUCAUCAGCUGGGAGGUGUCCGGUGGUGGACUGAUGGGCAAUCUCCUGACCGAGUCCUCGAUUGUGCAGUUAUCACUAUGGCCCGACACAAAGUACCGCGUGAAGGUCACCUGCAAAAAUAAGCUCACCGGCUUCAUGUCCCGCUCACUGCCACUGAGCAUUGACACAUCCGAGGCAGUGAUGGCACACGAACACAGUGGCCAACAUAAAACACAAGCAGCCAAUGCAGAUGCCACAUUGAUUUCUACAACAACAAUCGAUAGCAGAACACUCCCAGCCAACAAAGUCGAACCACAAAAAACCGAGCAAAUCAACAGCAAUGCAAUCGACCAAAACAGUAAUGGCAACACAGAAUAUGUGGACGCCGAUAGUUCCUCGAAUUCUAACGGUUUGAUUGCCGAUGCCGAGAACGCCGCCGUGCUGCCAUACGACGAGCGCGACGACGAUCAUGAUCAGUCAGUCGAGGCGUUGAAUCGGCACACAGCGUUCGUUUUCAACUGGCACUCCCACAACAGCGACAUUAGCCUGAUUGAACCGAUACACAAGCCCGAUCUGAGCUUGCUCACAAUGGCCAUUGCCGACAUGCAGAAACCCUUCUUCUUCGGUUUGCUCUCAGGCAUCAUUAUGCUGGUGUGCCUGGUGCUCGCGUACCGCUGCCUGCUGCGUCGCCAGCGCUUAGCGUAUGAGAAGUCCAUGCUAAUCACCGAUGAUGCCGCGCACGCGGUCGUCUCAGUGGCGCCCGCCGAAGUGGCCAUGCGCCUUGCCAACAACAAGGCGGCGGCACGAAAAGCCAAGGAGGGCGGUCGGCAUGGCUGCGGUGCCGGCGUGGCUGGCUUUGCUGGCGUUGGCAGCGCGUUGGGCGCGACGUCGCUAGCCUACCAGCGCAGCGAUGAGGAGGAAGAGUACGAGCGCGGCGCGGAGGAGGUGUGUAGUAAUCCGGCGAUCUGCUCGAGAAACGCGCUCAAAGUGUAAGUGCGUGCAGGUGCGUAUGCGCGUCAGUUAGUCAGCCGGCCAGAGGUAUAAGCCGUGGCGUAGUAGUAAGCUGUAUCGAUUGAGAUUAAAACAGGAAUUAAGUUACACACACACACUACAAAAAGGCAAAUUAAAGCGUUUAAGAAAGUAAGCUUAUUCCGUAGGCAUACAAAGGCAAAAACAAGCAUGCAAAAUACUUAUAUAAAUAUCGCUAGUUUUGUAAGGAGCAUUAGCAUAGGACUACAACUACUCUAAUAUGUAUAAAUUAAGCGACUAGUUGCAGUGUGUUGCCGGUAAACUAAAGUGAUUUACAAAUACAAUAUGUAGUUGUUGUCGUUUCGUGCCGCAUUUGCGUCAACUACUUUCCGUUAGACAUAACCUAUAUUUAAGUCAGCAUAUUUAACCAGAAUAUGAACAAACAAACAAGCAAAUAUACAAAUGCAACUGUGUAGUAUAAAUGCGAGUGCAGUCACACUCGUGCGCAUAAUAAUAGCAUUUAGACUAAAAAUCAAUAUUCAUUCUAAAUAAUCGUGUGUUGCAAAUUACGCAUUUAUGUGAUGCCAAGUUGAAGCUGUGCCGCCACAGUCGGGCCACUCACACCGCAUACAUAUAAAAGCAAAUAUAUACAUAUAUAUAGGUAUAAACUAAAUAGAGUUUAGUGUAAUAUGCGAAAUUCCAUAAUUCAUUAUUUACAGUCGGUUGAUUGCAUUCAUUUGCGUUUGCAUUUGCUGCAAUUAAACAGUUAUGCGAGCGCUGCGCUUGGAUUGUGUGCUUGUAUGCCUGUGCAUGCGUGUGUAUAAAAGUGUGCUUGUGUGUGUGCGUGUGCGAUAAUUUGAGUGCGCUUGUGCAAGUUUAAUUACUAGAAAUUUCAACUGACAGCUGGGCGGAUGUGAAUAUGGUAUAAGUAUGUGUAUAUAUGCAUGCAACAUGCACAGUUACACAGUCUAAGUUUUGUGAGCUUUCAAGUUGAUGCUUAAAUUGUAUAAAGCAAAUCAUAUAAAUGCCGUUAUAUUAUGUUAAUUGCUAUUAAUUGUGUAUGCCAGCAGUUGGCGUUUAAGUCAUUGAUCUUGUUUCAAUCAAAUUGAAUGGAGAGUUUUAGUGUUUUUGUAGAAUAUGAGGAUUAUGCUGAGAGCUUUAAAGUCCGAUACUAUUUUCGAUAUAUAUAUAUACAUCUUUAUAUAUAAAAAUAACGUGUCACGUUGUUUAUCCGCGAUGAACUCCUUAAAUACUGAUCCGAUUUUAGUAAAAUUUGGCACCCUGUGUUCAGUUCGAACCAACUUAGAAAAUAGGAUAGUA